UUAAAAAAAGACAAGAGGAAGAAAGGGAAAGAGGAGCAUCUAACAAAAUAUCCUCUCUCUUCUGGUGGCCAUUAAAACCCCCACCAACUCAUUUACUCAAACUACUGAUACUCUAAAAAGCUCUUGCACCCAUGGUGUCCCAACAUUCCCUUUCAUCCCAUUUUUUAGAAAACUAAUCUCUUUCUCUCUCUAAAUCUCUCUUUUUCUCUCUCUCUCUCUUUAAACGUUUAUCAGUCACCCCAUUUGAGGAGAGAGCUGGACUCUCUCUCUAUAUAUCUUUAUCACUCAAACUAAACACAUUUUCUCUCUCUAAGGCUCUUUCCCACUCACCCCAUUUGAAGAAGAGAACUGAAGUCUCUCUAUAUCUCUCACUCUCGGAGUUCCUUUUAAACACGUUUGUAGAGGAGAGCUGAACUCUCUCUCUUGUUUCACCCCAUUUGAAGAAGAAAACUGAACUCUCUCUCUAAAUCUCUCUGUCAUCCCAUUUCAAGAGAACUAUCUUUCUCUCUGAUCUUUUUCACUCACCCCAUUUGAAGAAAAAACUAAGCUUUCUCUGUCGCUCUCUGUGUGUUUCUACUUGUGAUCAUGGGGUCAAGCAAGGUCUCUGCUUGUUCAUCACCUGUAUCUCAGAAGAGCUUUCUUGUAAAGGUGGCGUACAUUGUGUUCUUCUCCUUCUUUACGAGGAGGGGGAGGGGUCGAUUCAGUCUUCUCCUGUUUGGUCCUCUCCUUUACGUCUCUGCAAUGCUCAUUUGUGCCGGCCCUUUUCCGUUUUCUACAACUCCUUCACUGCCACCGGGCUCUCUGUAUCGGAGUUCGGAAGCUUUUUGGAAGCUAUGGCCUGCAAUGCAAUCUGAUAAUGGCUCCUCAAUUGAGCUUACAGCAGUCUGGAAAUAUCAUAAGAGUCCUGCUGGGUGGAAGCUUUGUGCAAAUCAGACAUCGAAACCAUUUUAUCAGAAAAGAGUGAAAAACCGGAUAUUGCAAUCAUCUGAGUUGUCUCCUGCAAAUGGCUAUCUGAUUGUUGAAGCUAAUGGUGGUUUGAACCAACAGCGCUCAUCGAUAUGCAAUGCAGUGGCUGUAGCUGGACUACUGAAUGCUAUUCUUGUUGUUCCUGAAUUAAAUAAACAUAGCAUUUGGAAGGACUCUAGCAACUUCAGGGAUAUCUAUAACGAGGACCACUUUAUGAAUACUCUACAGGGCCAUGUGAGGGUGGUUAAGAGGCUUCCAGAUAUCUUAAUGGAGAGAUUUGAUUACAACAUUAGCAACAUACCAAACGUAAAAGUGAAUGCCUGGUCACCAGUUCGUUAUUAUUUGGAAGCCAUUUCUCCUCUGUUGCAUGAGACAGGGGUAAUACGCAUUUCUCCAUUUGCAAAUCGACUUGCACAAAAAGUUCCACCAGAUAUUCAGUUUCUCAGAUGUUUAGCCAAUUAUGAAGCUUUGACAUUCUCUACUGCUAUUAUGUCUCUCACAAAUAAACUAAUAGAUCGAAUGAAGGAGAAAAGUUCUAAGUCCCAUGGAAAAUAUGUUUCUGUCCAUCUUCGUUUUGAGGAGGAUAUGGUGGCCUUCUCAUGCUGUCAAUAUGAUGGAGGAGAGGCUGAAAAACUUGAGAUGGAAUUUGCACGUGAAAUAGGUUGGAAAGGAAAAUUCAAUCGAGAGGGUCGAAUGAUUCAACCUGAAAUGAAUCGUGUGAAUGGGAAAUGUCCUUUAACCCCCUUGGAGGUGGGGAUGAUGCUAAGGGGUAUGGGAUUCGAUAACAACACUUCAAUCUACAUGGCAUCUGGUAAAAUAUACCAGGCGGAAAGAAACCUGGCCCCAUUAUUGCAGAUGUUCCCUCUUCUUCAGACUAAAGAAACUCUUGCCACCCCUGAGGAACUUGCUCCUUUCGAGGGUUAUUCUUCAAGGAUGGCUGCCUUAGACUAUACUGUUUGCUUGUACAGUGAAGUUUUUGUGACAAGCCAUGGUGGUAACUUUCCACAUUUCUUGAUGGGUCAUAGGAGAUACAUGUAUAAUGGCCAUGCCAUGACCAUCAAGCCCGAUAAACGGAAGUUGGUCGUUUUGCUUGAUGAUCCUGGAAUCAGGUGGGAAACUUUUAAAGCAAACAUGACAUUAAUGCUGCAUAAAAGUGACCACACGGGAUUCGCUAUCAGAAAGCCCAAAGGGUCCAUCUAUGGUCAUCCUUUCCCCGAAUGUAUGUGUCGUCAUGGCUAGUCAAAUUUGACUCACACAUCUUCAUAUUCAGCUGUUGCAGUGAGCUGGAAGUUAUCGAGGCCCAAUGAAUUCUGUUCAUCUUGUAAACCAGAAUAGUUUUCCCAUUACUCAGUUCUGAGCUGGUUUGUGAUGCAGUUGAGGUCUCCUUGUAAACAAUAUGUUGGUUCUCUUUGUUUUUGGGAAACAAUAUGUUGGUUCUCAUUUGAUCAAUGGUGGAUGUAUGAUUAUUUCUUCUC